AUGGCCAGACCAGCCAUUCUUCUUAGUGUCGGAUAUGCCAAUCAUAUUCCAUUGUAUGUGGAAGCAAUCGUCAAAGCAGGUGGUACUCCAAUCGUUGUCUAUCCCGGUUUGCCCAAAAGCAAAAUUCCCACCCAGGUAGACGGUGUCAUCUUGGCCGGCGGAGACUCUGUUCAUCCCAAUCGAUAUGGCGAAGAAUAUAAACCAAACGUGCCAGUCACCAUGGACGUGGUCAGAGAUGAUUUGGAAUGGGCCAUUGUCGAUUUUGCCAUGAAGCGUCAUCUUCCGAUCUUGGGAAUUUGCCGUGGAUGCCAAUUGCUCAAUGUGUACUUUGGCGGCACCCUGCAUCAACAAGUCGCCCAUGUUGGCUACGCCGAUGUUCACCGACCCGGAAAGGACAAGGAUUAUCUGGCUCAUAUGGUGGUUGCGCGCUCGGGUCGUAUGCUCUCGAUUAUGGGAUCAAAACCAGUCUUUGUAAAUAGCAUUCACGACCAGGGAAUCCACUCUGUUGGAAUAGGUCUCAAACCAACCGUAUUUGCCGAAGAUGGUCUUUGCGAGGGUCUUGAAUCCGAUGACGGAAAUGUCCUUGGUGUCCAGUGGCAUCCAGAAGCUAUUCUCGAAAAACAGUCUCAUGCUCCUUCUGUAUUUCGCUAUAUUGUCGAAGUUGCAAAAACUCAAAUGAUCCAAAAAUCUACCAUAUUGAACGUUUUGCCCGGUAGCUCGCCUCUUGUUCCCCAAUCUAGUGCUAUUCGUACUGGCCCGUAA